AUGGGUGUAAAGGUAGUGCAGAGUGGUGGUGAUGAUGUGGCGGCUAUCGUGGUGGACCCUGGUUUCGACACCCUCCGUAUCGGCAAUUGCCAAGAAGACUACCCACGCGAAUACAUUCCCAGUGCGUUGAGUCGGAGCACUUGGAACAACGAGUACCUGGGAUGGGUGCCUCUGAGCCGAGUGCGCGCACCCAACUUCGUGGAGGUUCGCCGGCUCCUACAGUACAACCGUGACGAGAACCUGGAGGUAGAACCGUUUGUUUUCGAGAAGCUGAUCCGUUUGGGAGUGGAGGGCUACCGGCGUGACACCUGCCCAGUGUUGGAGAACGAAGAAUUCGUGUCUACCAAGGUGGGCGGCCUCAACCUGGACGUGACGCAGCACCCUAUGUUGGUGACGGAGCCAACGGCGGAGUGCAAGCAGUUCCGCGACUGCACCCUGGAGAUCCUCUUUGAGCAGCUGGACGUACCCGCUGCGUAUCUGGCCAAGCGCGCUAACCUGUCGGCGUUUUCUGUUGGCAGGCAGUCGGCCAUGGUCCUCGACAUCGGGGCGGGCGGCUGCAUCGCUUCCCCUGUCCAUGAGGGCAUAUCGCUGCAAUCUACCAUCCAAACGUCGCUCGUCGGCGGAAACGCAUUGGAUAUUCACUUGUCCAACCUGUUAUACAACCGUGGUCACGAAUUUUUCCGGCCAGGGGGGAGCGCGGCGCAGGAGUGCCGCCGCCAGUGGAUUGCGCGGGAGAUCCGUGAAUCGUAUUGUUCGAUGAACACCUCAAGGGUCCCGCGUUCCUACCGUCUGCCCGAUGGUGACGUGGUGCAGGUGGACGACAAGGUCUCCGAGGUGCCGAAACUGCUGUUCUCCCCCGAGACGACGUCCGUGGCGGAGUUCAACAACUUCAAGGGGCUUUACGGGAUGAUCACGGACUCCGUUUUCGACACUGAUGUGGACAUUCGCCGUGAGCUGCUGUCGUCAAUCGUCGUUGUCGGAGGCGUUAGCCUGACGUCAGGCCUGGUCGACAAUUUGAACACGCAGCUGUCGCAGGGUACCAUCGGCCGCGGAAGCAAGUUCAAGCUGGUGCACCCAUCGUCGUACGGUGAGGCGCGCUACUCAACGUGGCUAGGUGGUUCCAUUUUGGCUUCUCUGGGCCGCUUCCAGCAGCUGUGGAUAUCGAAGGGAGAGUACCGCGAGCACGGCACGACGAUUGCGUACCGUCGGUGCCAUUGA